AUGGCGGAUGAUUUGGAUGCCGAGUUGCUCGCUUUGGCGGGUGACUCUGAGGAGGAACACUCCCCUCCUCCCAAAUCGCCAGCGCAUUCAACUUCCUCACACAACCAAGAUAGUGAGCACUCACCAGCCGCAAUGGGUCGCAAAGGAACCGCCAAGCCCGUAGCCCGCCGGGCCCGCAAAGCGAAGGAUGAAUCUGAGGGGGAAAUCUCCGACGAUGGAUCCCACCACUCACUCCAAUCUGCGCCCAUGUCUGAGUCCGAGUCAGACUCUGAGAACUCCGGUGACGAUGAAGACCGCCCAAUCUUCCCAUAUGAUAAGCUGUACUACUCGGCGCAAGAUAAGAAGGAUAUCAUGGCCAUGCCCGAGAUCCAGCGCGAGGAAACACUGUCUGAGCGUGCCCAGCAAGUCGACCGACACAACCAGGAUCUCGCUCUUCGUCGCCUGCUAGCCUCUCGAUCCCGGGAAGAGGCCCGGGCAGCCAAGAAAGCCAAACGCAAGGCUGGCUCGGCCGGCCUAGACGAGAACCAGCGCAAAAGCUCCCGCCAGAAGACGACUCUUGGCGGUCGCAAGGUUGGAGAAACCUCCGGGGCCAUCGAAGCCUACAAGCGCCAGCGUGAACAGAAGGGCAAGCGGGAAGAGCUUCGGCGCCGGGAUCCAGCCCAGUCGCGUCGUCGGUCCCGGUCCUUGGGAUCUGACGUCUCCGACGAAGACGCCGACGCUGAAAGCGACUUGGAACUGGAUGAUCGUGUUGGUCGUUCUCCCUCUAUCCCCAAAGAUGACCCUCCUGCGGAGCUACGAGACAUUCAGCGUGCUCGUGUUGGUCGAAGCAACUUUGCGCAAGUCUGCUUCUACCCCGGAUUUGAGGAUGCCAUGACGAACUGCUACGCACGCGUCAACGUUGGACCUCACCAUGAGACUGGCCAGCUGGAAUACCGCAUGUGCUUGAUCACUGGCAUCGUUACCGGCAAGCCCUAUGCCAUAGAGGCUGCCAACGGCCGACCCUUUGUCACAGAUCAAUACGCCAAGUUGGCUCACGGAAAGGCAAUCAAGGAGUUCCCAUUCAUCGCCUGUUCGGACUCUGCAUUCACCGAGGGUGAAUACACUCGUUACCGCAAAACUUUGGCUGUCGAGGAUUUAAAGAUGGCAACCCAGGGAAAGCUUGCAUCCAAGGUCGUUGAUAUCAAUAAUCUUAUCAACCACGAGUUUACUCGGGACGAACUGAACGAGAAGCUUCGCCGCCAGGGUGCUUUCGAUCAAAAGAAGAAUGUGCUUAAGCGUCUCGACGUUGAGAAGGAGCUCUCAUACGCUAAAGCCAAUGGACAUCACGAAGACGCUGAACGAUUAGAAAAGGAACUCCAUGAUCUUGUCAACCCCACUCUCUCUUGGGGAACUUCAAUGACCAAGAAGGAGACAGGCAACAAGGGUCUUUCAGAGGCUGAGCGUGUACACCAAAUCAAUGUUCGCAACCAGAAACUCAACUACGAAAAUGUUCGCCGGGCUCAACUUGAGGAGCGAAAGGCCGCUCGCAAGGCCGCUGCAGCAGUCGCCCGCGGAGAGGCAGUCCCGAACCCGUUCAUGCGCGUGCGAACUGUGGCGAAGACCCAUCACGAUGUCAACGAUCCAGUGAAGACUGAGGCUGCAGCCGACACUCCUACCGACGCCACCAAGGAGACUUCCAACGCUAUUGGUGGCUCUGCCACUACUGUUAAGACCACCCCGAAGAAACCAAAGAACGGUUUCAUGAUUAGCUACCGCAACACUGAUGACGAGAACAUUGCUGCGCUCGACAUGGAUAUCGACAUCGAAAUCUAG